AUGUCCCACAAUGGACAGAAAGCCACAGCAAUGACAGCACAACCCGUCAAAAUGACUCGACCCAAACACUGGGACGAGGCGGUGGAAGAGGCCUAUAGGUUUCAAAAGGCUGGCUGGCGGGAUGCAGUUGAGUACCAGACACUAGGAACCAAUGCUCCGCCUAUAGAAAGAUGGCCACACAAUGGAUACAUCAAGAAGCUGACCAGAAAAGUUGAUGGGUUCUUUUAUUACUACAACAGAAACCGUGAAUGUCCAGAUAGAGAUAUACACAGGACAAAGCUGUAUGAAUACUAAACUAACUGUUUAACAACAAAUAUUUGAAGGCAAAUUAAGAAGAGGACCAAGGUGAUAGGUUGUGCUUCUGAUGAUAUAUUUCUGUGUGUAGAGGGAAGCCUGUGUUUGACUUGAGUGUGUCUGUCCUGUUAGUGGAGUCUGUCCUCAACUUCAUCAAAUAUUUGGAUAAAUUUUCCACAAAGGAACAGACUUUCUUAAUUAUUCAUAUGUUUGUCAAUUAAGUCAAUAUGAAAUUGUGUUUUUUGUUGUAAUGAAUUGGAAAAUUUCCAGUCCCUGUUAAAAUCCAGUCGUUGCUAUGAUGCAUUGCUGUCAAAAGUGCAUGUGGCUGAUAUGUAUGAAUCACUCCUGAUCAUAGACGUCGGCAGGGACGCUGUCAUUGUCAAAGUAUUACAUUACACAUGUAAAAUAGGAAAGUAUGGCUAUAAACUCAUUUCAUAGAUUAUUUUCAUGGGCAUUUUUAAAGUGAUAUGGUGAAAACUCAAUUUUCUUAUCAGUAUAAAUAAAUAAAUG